AUGGCGGCGGGUCCCGGUCCCGCCCCCCGGGGUGGGCCGCCGACCUCCCCAAGAUGGCGGCACCCGCGGGCCGCGCCCCCGCCGAGCGGGGCGCGGGGGUUUGUGGGGGUGGGCGGCGGUGGUGGUGGGGGCGUUUUGGGUGAUUGCGGCACGGUGGGGCCCAGCGAGGCGCUGGUGGUGUCAGGUGGCUGCUGUGGCGUUGAUGAGAAGCACUGUGUGUAUGGAGGCUGGGCUUGGGCUUGGUGGUGCAUUACUGACACCCAAAGGAUUUCCCUAGAAAUAAUGACGUUACAGCCCAGGUGUGAGGACGUAGAGAUGGCAGAGGGGGUAGCUAUAACUGUCACAGAUGUGGCACAGGUGAAGAUAAUGACCGAGAUGGAGCUCCUGGGUGUGGUCUGUGAGCAGUUCUUGGGGAAGAACGUGCAGGAUGUGAAGAGGGUCCUUCAGACGCUGGAGGGACACCUGCACUCCAUCCUAGGGGCCCUGACUGUGGAGCAGAUCUACCAGGACAGGGACCAGAUUGCCAAGCUGGUGCGGGAGGUGGCAGCCCCUGACGUAGGGCACGUGGGGAUCGAGAUCCUGAGUUUCACCAUCAAGGAUGUCUGUGAUAAAGUGGAUUACCUGAGCAACCUGGGGAAGACUCAAAUUGCAACUGUCCAGAGGGAUGCAGACAUUGGAGUGGCAGAGGCCGAGCGGGAUGCUGGCAUUCGGGAGGCAGAGUGCAAGAAAGAAAUGCUGGAUGUCAAGUUCAUGGCAGACACCAAAAUAGCAGAUUCCAAACGGGCUUUUGAAUUGCAGAAAGCUGCUUUCACUGAGGAGGCCAACAUUAAGACUGCGGAGGCCCAGCUGGCCUAUGAGCUGCAGAGCACCCAGAAGAUCCAUCAGGAGGAAAUCAAAACGGAGGUGGUGCAGCACAAGGAGCAGAUCGAUGUGGAGGAGAAGGAGGUGAUCCAGAUGGAGAAGGAGCUGAUGGCCACGAGGCAGCCGGCCGAGGCCGAGGCCUAUCGCAUCCAGCAGAUCGCUGAGGGAGAGAAGGUGAAGCAAAUCCUCCUUGCUCAGGUGGAGGCAGAAAAGAUCCGCAAGAUCAGAGAAGCGGAGGCUUUUGUGAUCGAGGCCAUCAGGAUGGCGGAGGCUGAGGGGCUGAAGCUGAAAGCAGAAGUGCUCCAGCAGUAUGGAGAGGCUGCCAGGCUGGCUCUAGUGCUGGAUGCACUGCCUGAGUGGGCAGAGGUGGGUGGAGGACCAGCAGGACACUGAGUGGGGACAGGCUCCUCCUGUACAGCUGCCUGGGGACCAGUGGCCCUGUGGCUGGUUGCUGGCCAGGGGCUGCCUCAGCAGGCAGUGCAGGAACCCCUACCUCACUCCCUCCCCCUGCCUCUCAUGGCCAUGGCUUUGCUGCCUUGUGACAAUGUGAAAGGGGUUGUCCCCUCUGUGUGUCCAUCCUCCCUGCAGUGCCACCAGGGCCCAGCGCUGGGCCAUGUCCCUUCCCCACCUGCCUCGAUGCCUGUGCUCGGUGUGGCUGUUACAGCCAGACCCGUGUGUGAGGUCAGCCUGCACUGUGGUGGGGUUUUGGGGGUCCCUCCACAGACUCCUGCAUCCCCAGCUUGGUGCUGGGGGUGGGUCCCUCCCGCUGUCCCAGCAGUGCCCCAGGGAGUGACCCACUGCAGGGGGGUGGGUGCUGCGGGCCCCCAUCCCCUCCCCGUUGCCAGGGCGUUAUCAGCCCCCGGUUGGUGCCGGCCCGCGGGCGGCGGGCGCAGAUCUGGCGCUGUCCAGCAGGCGUGCCGGGCCGGGCCCCUGUAUCUGCGUGUGCCCGCGCCCGCCGCCCGCUGCUGUGAGAUAAUAA